GUUUUAGGAAGGCGGCGCUUGUAGUAUGUUUGUACAGUGACAGCGACUGGGGGCUUGCCCGCUGAGGAAACACGUCACGAAGCGCCGUACUUAAGAUGUCGACCGUGGCAGGAGGAGCCAGUCUGCUACGCACGGCGCUACCAGAGUCUCGCAGCACGAUGAGCGACGCACGCAGAGUCCUCCUGUUGGUCGCCGCGGCCGCGGCCGCUGCAGUGGCCACUGGCCUUCCCGUGGUGGUGCCGCCUCCCGGCUUCGGCUGGCUGCUGCCGCAUCGAGCCCAAACUGCUGGACGGCCUCCGCUGUCGCCUCCACCCCUGGACCCUCACACCGUGUUCAUCCUCACACACGGCUACCCUGUUCAUGUACCGUGUCUACAAACAACAGGGGCUUCGCCUGUGCAGACUGGAAUCACUGCGGGCUCACACAGGGCUGUAGCCAAGAAUCGUCAGACUGAGCCCGCUACGACUACGGCCACCACGAGAGCCGCGGUGUCCCCCACAGCUGCCACGACGAGGCAGCAGGGCCUGCUGAGCUUCAUCAACGUGCCGGACAUCCCGUGUCCUGAGGGACAGAGGCGGGACCCCGCGGGCAACUGCCGCGACGAGUGGUAGGAGGGCGGCCUCUGUAACAAGAACUCUGCAGGGAGACCACUGAUGGGACCUGACAAACGCAGCUAGUCUGUGCUGUGGCCUGCCAGAAUUUUACGCUUC